AUGCUUGGAAUGGAAAAUUUCCCCGAGUACGAGGUGCCUGGAAUACGCAAGGUGCAGUUUUAUCCCUACGAAUCAAACGGCGGGAGCGUUGUAGCAAUCGCCGGUGAAGAUUUUGCAGUCAUCGGUGCGGAUACUCGUCUAAGUUCCGGUUACUCCAUUCAUACACGCACCCAGAACAAAUUGUUUCGUCUUUCGGACAAUACGGUGUUGGCAUCCACCGGAUGUUGGUGCGAUACGCUCGCACUGACGAGUUUGGUGAAGGUGCGGAUGCAAAUGUACAAGGAUCAGCACCAGAAGAACAUGUCUACACCAGCCGUUGCUCAGAUGCUGUCCAUUCUGAUGUACAACCGUCGGUUCUUCCCGUACUAUGUGUCGAACGUACUGGCCGGGUUGGACCAGAACGGCAAGGGUGUUGUUUACAGCUACGACCCGAUCGGACACUGUGAGAUGACAACAUACCGGGCUGGCGGUUCGGCCGGACCAUUGUUGCAACCGGUGCUGGAUAAUCAGAUCGGUCUGAAGAAUAUGCUCAACGUGGAUCCAGAACCGGUCAAAAUGGAGAAAGCCGUCUCAAUCAUUAAGGACACGUUUAUUUCGGCUACGGAGCGAGAUAUCUACACUGGAGAUUCCGUUAUCAUCAAUAUUAUUACGAAGGACGGUAUCAAGGAGGAAACAUUGGCUCUCCGAAAGGAUUGA